AUGCCUGCUAGUUAUACCACUCAAAGUACAGUCCCUCAACUCUAUCUACAAAAGACAAGAUAUGAAAUUCCAAGGAAUGGUCCACUGCCUGCUGUCAGUCAUUUUUUUACAAACAGUAUGUCCACGGUUAAUGUCCCUCCUUUAACUUCGCUGUAUUCAACACAGUCUGGUGAUAUCCCUGCUUCACUGCCAAGUGUCAGUUCUAUUGGUUUGCAAAAUGCUCAGUCACAAGGUAAAACUUCACACAUUGAAGUAAGGAAGCUGCAAAACUUGAUGGCAUAUGCCCCUCCUAGACUAAGCAGCACUGAACAGCCAUGUAGUACAAUGACAUCGCAGUGUAACUACACAUCUAACAACACUACUGAUAUGAAUAGUCAGUCUGCUGCUUCCUGGGAGAAAAGUAAACAACAAAUCAGUGAGUGGUUGCAAAUAGGAGAGCAAAAUAAUGGAUCAGCUCCUCCAAACUGUACCCUAGUACCUAAACAUAGUAUUACUGGUUCUCCAAAUAAUAUCACAUCAAGUCUACAACCAAGUAUUAACUUUUACAACAGACUACAGAAUAGUUCUGUUGUUGUACCAAGUCUACAAAGUAGCUCAACUGGGACUGAAAUACAACAAAGUAUUGCAAAUACUAGUCAAGGUGUGGGAUUGGUAGGACAGCCAGUACAACAUAGACAGAUUAGCUGGAAUCCUGGAAGCGAUGGUGUGGAUGGCUCAAGUAGUAUAUAUACAAACCAACAGUACCCAACAGUUAAUAUCAAAUCAGAACCCAGUGAUUGGACAGUGGUUGGACAUCACUCUGAUACACCACUAUCAAAGAAAAUAAAAACAGAACCAAUGGAGAAGUACCCCAACUAUUCUUCAUCUGUUCAGCCAACAAUGUUCAGUCAGCUAAGUUCUAAUCAAAAGACAUCUAACUUUGAUAUGGCAAAUACCAGUCUGCAGCAAGGACAAAUUUCAGUAGCUCCCAGUCCAGAGUAUGCUACGUUAACCAAUGUAUCAUUUUCUCAUGAUCAGCAAAACAUGACAAAUCAGCAGAACUCGGCAAACCCUGUUCCAGUUAGUUUAUCUCAUUCAUUUGUGCCAAAUACCAGUUCAACUUUUCCAUUGGUUCCUACUUCAUUGUCUUCACAGGAACAUAUGCCAACUGCUGCCACUAGUGUCAAGACUCCAAGUUUAAAUUCAGUUUACUGCAUUCAGUCUCCAGGUGCCAAUACUCAAAACAGCAAUAAAAUAAUCAAACCAACACCAGUUCUUACCAAUCGUAUAAAAGCAACAAAUCAAAGCAUGCAGUCAAAAGUGAAAUCAAGGUUUCAACAUGGAUCAAUGUUUCCUGAUAGUAUCUUCUCAAAUGGUCUAACUGUACAUACGAAAGAUUCUGUUGCAACUAAGGGCAUGCCUGUGCUAUCUAUUCUGUCUGUUGGAGCACAAACUAUUGUAGAAGUUAAGAGAAGUGAGGCGCAGACAGUGGUGCAAAAAACCUUGCCUAUAUGUACUGUUCAAGGUACUAUCAAUCAAAACACUGUAAUAACAGCAAAACAGCCUUAUAUUAAUGACCACAGAGUCAAAGUAAAUUCUACAUCAUUUCAACAAAAAUUAGCUGCAGAACAUGGAAAUAGUACUCAUUCGAUACGAAACCAGACUGGAAACUGCACUAAUUCGGCACAGAUCAUGACUGGAAAUAAUAGCCACCCGACACAGAUACAGACUGACAGCAACUGUCAUCUGGCACAGAUCCAUACUGGAAACAAUACCCACCUGGCACAAAUCCAGACUGGAAACAUUUCUCAUCCAUCUAUGAUCCAAACUGGAUCUUUACCGCAUAGUAGAAACAAUAUCCAUCUGACACAGAUCCAGACUGGAAACAGUACCCAUCCAUCUCAAAUCCAAACUGGAAACAGUACCCAUCCGGCACAGUUCCAAACAGGAUUUUUACCACAUAGUAGAAACACUACCCUUUCGACGCAGUUACAGACAGGAGCGAUGCCUAUUCAACCGGUACAGAUCCAGACUGGAACAAUGCCUGUCAGUCUGGCACAGAUGCAAACUGGAUUUUUACCACAUAGUAGAAACAUUACCCUUCCAACACCGAUCGAGACUGGAACAAUGCCUAUUAAUCCAGUGCAGAUCCAACCGGGAUCUAUACCUCCCAGGUCCUCGGACUUUAGAGGUACUACUACUUCGGAACAGAUUCAGACUGGCGUAGUUCCUGUUCAUCUGGAACAGAUAAAACCACAAACAAUGCCUGCGAGUACAUUGGAACACACUCCCCAUGUAAACCAGACACCUGUCCAUUCAAACCAGUCCCAAGUUGUCGGGAUAUCUGAGCGAAUCCAUGGCAACACUCUACAACACAGCCAUACUGCAAUGAUUCGUAACAACUCAAACUUGACAGAAUCCAGAUCAAUCCUUAAAAGAACGUUGGAAGGUGACAAUGCUUUGCAUUUGCAGGGGAUUCAACCGGUUUCACUACCACAAAGUAAGAAUCAACAAGAACGGAACGAUGGAGACAGAUCAACCAAUAAAAACAUGUAUGAACACUGGGCAUUUAAUUCUCACUUGAACGAACCAGAAGACUGUAUCAACGUAGGUAAUAUGCACGCUCUCUACAAGAUCUUGAGACUUAGGACGAUGAAUGCAGGAACCAUUGUAACUAAUGUCUUGGAAGAUAAUUGCUUAGAUACUAUCGAGGCUAAUGCGUUAAUGCAAACUGCUGUUGAUGCAGUUGCAUGUCAGAGUGAUUUCCCACCUUUCAAUGGAGGUCAACAGCCUGGAGAUUAUAGUAGUAGUCAUAAUAUUGUUAGAAUUACAGAGAUGGACACAUGUAAGAUAAACGCAAGUGAUGUUAGAACUUCGUCAUUGGCUAACCAGAAUUUUGUAACUGGUAUGUCAAAGGGAGAUAUCUCAAGUUUUAAUCAAGACUCUCAGAAUUCUUGUAAACGAGUACAUGAUGACAUUGGAGAGACAAUGCCCCACCGAGUAGGUGUAACUGAUACAAGGUCACAGCAGAUUUCUGCCAAAGGUGUUUUAGAAUCUGUCGUAUUGCGACUACAAAGACUGAGGAGACUUAAUAAAGGUAGACCAAAAAUUAAAAAAGAACCUGUGGUUCAUAAACAUACAAGGCACUUUCUAAAACCAAAGAAAUCAAUGGGAGGACUUCAUGACUAUUAUUCAAGGAAGUCUGUGUCGGUAAAACAGGAGCGUGAGGAUAACUCAGAGUACGGAAGCAAUGUUUAUGAGAAAGCAUGUUCCUCUGUGUGUGCUGCUCGUGAUGAAUCAUGUUCUCAAGAACCAGCAGUUGUAGAGAUUUCAAUCAAUGAAACAGAACAGACUGUAAGUACAGGUAACACUGAUAAUGGAAAAUCUGUAUCUAUUAAAGUGGAGCCAAGUUAAUAUGAUUGAACCCAAGAUGGUAAAAUAUGAGGUGAUACAACUCGAAUGAAGACUGAAUUUAUAGUGUCCCUAAUCAAAUUAUGAGGACAUUAAAAAAUCCAUACAUUUAAAGCCAUAAUUUUAUUUCACAAAUUGGAAUUUUUAAUACCUUUAUUAUUCAGCUAGUAAUAUAUUCUAUAUUUGUAAAUUUAUAUUUGUCUCAAGAUGUAACAUAUAGAAGAAAAAAAAAAGAUUUUAUUUUGUUUUUUGAAUGACAAGACAGAAAUGUAUCUUAAAAACUUCACUGCCCUCUAUUUUUUUUCUUUUUUAAAAAUAAUUUUCUACUAUAUGCACGUGGUGCUGUAUUGUCAAAACUGUUAAACUCUAGCUUAUCAUCACUACACGCAAAUCAUAAAGUUUGUAGUUUUGGGGCUUGUCAGUGUACCUAGUUACAAUGCUCGUAAUGACUCAUCUCUUUCCACUAUCAAUGGUAUAGUAGAUUGGAUUGGCUAAAAGACCUGCUAACAACUGUCAAGCAUACAAUAUUUAAACUGGCCAUUAUAUUUUAUUUCUUUAGAAGAUAUUUCCUAUAAUGUUUGCAUAAAUUUGAUUGGGUAAUGAGUUAUUACUAUCAUGCUAACUAGGCCAUUAAUAGUGUUGC